AUGCAGACUAUAGUCAUCCUCGGAGGCUCUUUUGCUGGGGUGGGCACAGCACAUCGCAUCUUAAAGCAAACCUCCAAGACGCGGCCGUCCGUUAAGAUUGUCAUCGUGUCACCCAAUACUCAUAUGUACUGGAAUAUUGCUGCUCCCCGAGCCAUGCUGCCGGGGCAGUUCACCGACGAAAAGAUUUUCCAGCCGAUUGCCGCUGGAUUCAAGCAAUAUUCGGCCAAUCAAUUCGAAUUCAUCUCUGGCUCUGCCCGCAGCCUCGACCCUGUCGCCCGAAAAGUGGAGGUUUCUACGGGUCCUAGGGAGCAGGAAACAGUGAUAAUUGAUUACGACUUUCUCAUUAUUGGGACUGGUUCUCGAAACAAGGCGGAUGAUGACGAUGUGAACAUACCAUUCAAAGCGCUGGGUUCAACCGAUGCAACAAAGAAUGCUCUACAUAUCCUACAAGCGGUAGUGAAAAAGUCAAAGAGAAUCGUUAUUGUCGGUGCUGGUCCGACUGGUAUUGAGACUGCUGGCGAACUGGCUUUUGAGUAUGGAAAGGAGAAGGAGAUUAUUCUAAUUGCAAGUGGGCAGACAGUCCUUGAAGGAGCCAUACCCAGUGUGUCAAAAACAGCGCUAGGUAUGCUUCAGAAACUAAACGUUGAUAUCAGGCUACGAACAAAGGUUACCAGCUCAACUCGCACGACACGAGGCGGUGUGGAUCAAGUCGAGCUCAGCCUUUCUGAUGGGACUGAGUUAACUGCUGAUAUUUGCAUACCGACGUUCGGUGUACUACCCAACUCGUCAUAUAUUCCUAGCAAAUACCUCGACGCAAACGGGUUCGUCAAAGUGGAUGAAUAUUUCCAAGUUAAGGGCCUAGAGAAUCAGCAUGUGUGGGCCAUCGGUGAUGUUUCCAAUCUCGAACCACCGCAGGCCCUUUUUGUUGAUAAGCAGUCCGCUCAUCUGGCGAAGAAUAUAGUCUUGAUCUUGAGCAAUAAGGCCCCAAUCCCAUAUAAAGAGGCUACACGUGGUAAGAUUAUCUCUCCAGUUGAUUAG